GUUUUUACUGGGUCUUAGAAUUAUAUGUACUUACUUAGCUUGAAAGUUGUUAUGAUGAUUGAAUUUUUUGGAUCAAAAUUUGGAGAUAAGUGAACUCUGUGACAAGCCAAAGUGUAAUGAGGAAAAUAGCCGACAAACACACUAUUGCCACAUCUACUUAUGCCUAGUAGGAUGAAAGGAAAACCGAAGUAUUCACUGCGGACAGGGGAUAGAGUCCUCUUGUCUGGAGUCCUUUAUAAUCCAUCACAGUGCCAACCAGCACUGUUCAAACAGACCGGCUAUAAGAGAAUUCUUUGAAUUCAGUUGGUCUGUCUUAUGGAGAUCCUGGAGGGACCAUGAGAGUGUAACUUCUUUGAGGACGAACAGCAGCUAUGCUAUCAAAAUUAUUCUGUUAAGGUCUAUCAAAGAAUUAAAAUGCUAUUGUACUGUAUUGGGAUACUGUUAGGCUGUACUUUUCAAUUUAUUGUGAAUUUAAUUGCUUUAACCCAUUUCUUUUUUAUGAAGCCAAGUGGAGUAUGAUUAUAUGCAUCAAUACCUUUUCAUCUAGAUGUAUUGUGUUUCUUCUUUGUUAUACACAUGACAUUUUUUCAAUCUCAAAUUUUAAAAAAUCCAGAUUUAGCUCUGUUCAUGUUUCAUGUGUUAAUUGGUACUUUUCUUCCUUUUCACAUUGUUCCUUUAUGUUUUUAGUAUUGAAAAUUUCAUGAAGUCUACUCUAUAGUCAUUGAUGAAAAAAAUUAUUAGUUUGAUGGUAAUUAACGGAGAGAAACAUCAAAACCAGUAUGCAAUUUUGAGUGUAUCGUCACUGAAAGUGUUAUUUGUACCCUGGGCAACUAAAGGAUUAUGGGCUCCCAUCAUAGAGGUGUGGGGAGGCCGGAAUCGAUGGCUGUUUAUUGCCCUCUUGGCUCUUGGAAUAUCUGCAUAUACAGGGUCGCAUAUAGCUCUAGAAAAUGUCUUUGGUAUUGGAUGCAUGCUUUUCUUUCUUAAUGCAUUUUCUGCUGUUCAAGAUGUCGCAGUGGAUGGUAUAGCUAUUCAGAUGUUGCCAGAGGAACAGCUUGGAUUAGGAAACAGCAUUCAGGUUGUGAUGUAUAAAGUCGGAUGGUUUGUAGGAGGAGCUGGAUUUACAUAUUUAAUGUCUAUCCUGGAUUGGUCAAUGACUCUUGUUGUUCUUGCACUUACGUACCUACUAACUGCAAUAAUGGUUACUAUAGUUUCUGCCAAAGAUGAUGAAAGCUCAGAAGAGGAAACCAAAGAAACGAAAAACAAUGGUAAAGACAAUGAUGAAAGACACAAGGAGCUAAACCAUAAUGACUCCCAAGUGAAUGAGAUACUAGCUAUCUUAAAAGAUGUUGUUAGCACUCCGGGAACUCUCUGGUUAAGUAUUUAUGUAUUACUCUAUAAGAUGGGUGAGAGGGGUGCUAUUAAUAAUAUGCCUUUAUUUCUGCUAGACAGAGGAAUGACUAAAAACCAGCUGGCAUUAUGGAAUGGUACUUUGUCUCAGGGACUGUCAAUUCUAGGCUCUUUACAUGGCGGCAUUGUGGCAAGUAAACCUCUCAAAAUAAGAGAUAAACUAUUUUCUUUUUCUUUGUAUAGGUUUUUCUCAAUUUUAUUACAGUUUGUUCUAAUACUAAUGUGGAAUUUUAAUUUUUUCAAUGAGAAGGAUAGUUUAUUCACUGUCUAUGCAGUGGGUGUAUUAUCAAUCUGUUCUCUUAGCUACAGCAGUGGAGUAAUAUCAACAGUAUCAUUUACACUCAUGAUGCAGACAAGUCGUCUUUGUGAGAAAAAAACUCAGGCUAGUCAUUAUAGUUUGUUGGCUUCAAUAGAAGUUGCUGGGAAAGUAUUGUUUGCUGUUAUUGCUGGUUUUAUUAUUGAUUAUGCUGGGAUUGCCUCUUCAUUUGCCAUUUUUACUGUGUUGGCCAUAUUUCCCAUAUAUAUUUUACAACACAUUCCUGUAGAUUUAGCACACAUAAAAACUGAAUAGGUGUACAAUUGUUAUCAAACUAAGUUUUACAUAAGCAUAGCUUAUCAGAAAGCAGAUAUGUAUCUUUUUUAAUAAAAACUCUUUCCAAAAGAA